GCAAGAGCAGAGGCUUAAGGAGCUGCCUUGCGGGGAGGACAGGGGCACACAGGCCAAGGCCUGGCCAGGGCUGGGGGGAGGGAACAUGGAGCGAUCUGAGUCACAGCGGCGUGGGGGUGAGCAGAGCUGGUGGGGUAGUGACCCCCAGUACCAGUAUAUGCCCUUUGAACACUGCACCAGCUACGGACUGCCCUCCGAGAAUGGAGGCCUCCAGCACAGGCUCCGAAAGGAUGCAGGCCCCCGUCACAACAUCCACCCAACACAGAUUUAUGGCCAUCACAAAGAACAUUUCUCAGACGAGGAGGAGGACAUGGGGAUGCCCAAGAAGACGGGCUCUAGUUCUACUAUGGACAGCAGGGAUGAGGAUCACUAUUCUAAAUGUCAAGAUUGUUUCCGCCGCCUGGGACGCAUGGUGAGAAGAAAGUUAGGGGAAGACUGGAUCUUUCUGGUGCUUCUGGGCCUGCUGAUGGCUCUGGUCAGCUGGAGCAUGGACUACGUCAGUGCCAAGAGCCUGCAGGCCUACAAGUGGACCUACGCCCAGAUGCGGCCCAGCCUUCCUCUGCAGUUCCUGGUCUGGGUCACCUUCCCGCUCAUUCUCAUCCUCUUCAGCGCCCUCUUUUGUCACCUCAUCUCUCCCCAGGCUAUUGGCUCUGGAAUCCCUGAAAUGAAGACAAUACUUCGUGGGGUUGUUCUGAAGGAGUAUCUCACACUCAAGGCCUUUGUGGCCAAGGUUGUCGCCCUGACUGCUGGGCUGGGCAGUGGCAUCCCUGUGGGGAAAGAGGGACCUUUCGUCCACAUUGCCAGCAUCUGUGCUGCUGUCCUCAGCAAGUUCAUGUCCAUGUUCUGUGGGGUGUACGAGACCAUGCCUGGGCAGCUUGAUCUCCUGGUGUCGGCCUGCACGGUGGGCGUGGGAUGCUGCUUUGCAGCCCUGUUGGAGCAGCCAUACUAUUACUCUGAUAUCCUGACGGUGGGCUGUGCUGUAGGAGUUGGCUGUUGUUUCGGGACACCACUUGGAGGAGUGCUGUUCAGCAUCGAGGUCACCUCUACCUACUUUGCCGUUCGGAACUACUGGCGAGGAUUCUUUGCAGCCACGUUCAGUGCCUUUGUGUUCCGCGUGCUGGCGGUGUGGAACAAGGAUGCUGUCACCAUCACUGCUCUGUUCAGAACCAAUUUCCGAAUGGAUUUUCCCUUUGACCUGAAGGAACUCCCAGCCUUUGCUCUCAUUGGGAUUUGCUGCGGGUUCCUGGGUGCUGUGUUUGUGUAUUUGCAUCGCCAAGUCAUGCUCGGUGUCCGAAAGCACAAGGCCCUCAGCCAGUUCCUUGCUAAGCACCGCCUUCUGUAUCCUGGAAUUGUCACCUUCAUCAUCGCCUCGUUCACCUUUCCACCAGGAGUGGGUCAAUUCAUGGCUGGAGAGUUGAUGCCCCGGGAAGCCAUCAGUACCCUGUUUGACAACAAUACGUGGGUAAAACAUGCAGGUGACCCCGAGAGCCUGGGCCGGUCAGCUGUGUGGAUUCACCCCCAGGUCAACGUUGUCAUUGUCAUCUCACUCUUCUUUGUCAUGAAGUUCUGGAUGUCUAUCGUGGCCACCACUAUGCCCAUACCCUGUGGAGGCUUCAUGCCUGUGUUUGUGCUAGGAGCUGCAUUUGGAAGGCUGGUAGGAGAGGUCAUGGCCAUGCUAUUCCCUGAUGGUAUCUUAUUUGAUGACAUCAUCUACAAGAUCCUGCCUGGGGGGUAUGCAGUAAUUGGAGCAGCAGCACUGACCGGUGCUGUGUCCCAUACAGUCUCCACAGCUGUGAUUUGCUUCGAAUUAACGGGUCAGAUUGCACACAUCCUACCCAUGAUGGUGGCUGUUAUCUUGGCCAAUAUGGUGGCUCAGAGCCUGCAGCCCUCCCUCUAUGACAGCAUCAUCCAGGUCAAGAAGCUACCCUACUUGCCUGACCUUGGUUGGAACCAGCUCAGCAAAUUUACAAUCUUUGUUGAGGACAUCAUGGUACGUGAUGUGAAGUUUGUUUCAGCUUCUUGCACAUAUGGGGAAUUGCAAACCCUGCUCCAGACCACGACAGUCAAGACUUUACCAUUGGUUGAUUCAAAAGAUUCCAUGAUCCUGCUGGGCUCCGUGGAGCGCGCAGAGCUGCAGUCCCUCCUGCAGCGCCACCUGUGUCCCGAGCGGAGGCUGCGCGCAGCUCAGGACCUGGCGCGGAAGCUGUCGGAGCUGCCUUACGACGGGCGGGCGCGGCUGGCCGCGGAGGGGCUCCCGGGGGGCCGGCCCGAGUCCUUCGCCUUCGUGGAUGAGGAUGAGGACGAGGACCUCCCCGGGAAGACCGAGCUGCCUCCUCCUCCUCCUCCUCCUCACCCCUUUCCUACUGCGCCACCGAGCCCCGAAGAGCCCAAUGGACCCCUGCCCAACCACAAACAGCAGCCAGAAGCACCAGAGCCUUCAGGUCAAAGACUCUCCAUCUUCCAGUCCCUGCUGCGCUGCUUGCUGGGCAGAGCUCGCCCCAUGAAGAAGACAACCCAGGAUUCAACGGACUUAGUGGACACCAUGUCACCUGAAGAGAUUGAGGCCUGGGAGCGGGAGCAGCUGGGCCAGCCUGUCUGUUUUGAUUGCUGCUGCAUUGACCAGUCCCCCUUCCAGCUGGUGGAGCAGACGACGCUGCACAAGACUCACACGCUGUUCUCGCUCCUUGGCCUUCACCUUGCUUAUGUGACCAGCAUGGGGAAACUCAGGGGCGUCCUGGCCCUGGAGGAGGUAACAGCAACACCGGUCCCGCUUGAGCAGCAGGAGGGUGAGCUACAGAAGGCCAUCGAGGGGCACACCAAGUCUGGGGUGCAGCUCCGCCCUCCCCUGGCCAGCUUCCGGAACACAACUUCAACUCGAAAGAGCACUGGAGGACCACCCCCGCCUGCAGAGGGCUGGAGCCUGCCUGAGGAUGGGCCUGGGGCCACAGGAGCAGGGGGUGUGGCUCCUGCCUCUCCAGAGAACCCGAUGCCACCUCCUUCCCCGAAGCCCCCUUUCUCCCUGGCCCCAGCAAACGUGGAAGGUGAGCUGGAGGAGAUGGAACUGGUGGAGAGUCCAGGGCCAGAGGAGGAACUGGCUGACAUCUUGCAGGGCCCCAGUCUGCGAUCAACUGAUGAGGAGGACGAGGAUGAACUGAUCCUCUGACUACCUCCCUGGACCUGCUCAUGAAGUCUGUCCAGAGGCCCAUGCCAGAGGGUGGCUUUGUGUGGGACAGAGUGUGUCCUGAGGUUGGAGAGGUCACACCCAUAUCUUGGCCCCUCCCAGGAAUUUUCAAAUAUGAUCAUGCUAGUCUUAAAGGAGGAGUCAGAAUUUGGGCAGGAAGGAGCCUUGGUCAAUUAUUUAGACUGCUUCCCCCAGUCCCAGACAGGCAGGAGCCCCUGUGAGAGGCCCCUGAUAUUCCAUGGGGCUUCCUGAGAUUCCUGCUGUGCAGGUGGGAACUACCCUGCCUCUCCCUGCCUCCCCUCUGCCCCCCACAGUUCCCUGGUGCUCUUGUCCCAGCAUCUUCCUGUCCUUGCCUGUCUGUCCUUCAGUUUCCACAGGGGGUGAGGGUGGAGGAGGCCCUGCAAGUGCCACAUUGGAGUAGGAGAUGGGACCACAUCAUGGCCUUGUGGACUGCCUGCCCCAGACUGUGCCUCCAAACCAUCCACAGCCACGUCUCUGGGAGCCCCCAGCCCUCCUGCUCACCCACAUCCGCUGCCCACAGUCUGCCUCCAGGCCCCGUCCUGAAGCCCACCGUCUGUCCCCAGGCCAGGGCCAUCACCAGGGCAGUGAAAGGCCCACACAUUUCCCUCCUUCCUCUCCUGCUUCAAGCAGUGAGACGUGGAUGAAAAACCUAUAAAGGGCAGCAGCCUGGAAGAGAAAAGGUGCCAAAAACUCUGUGUUAGGGCAGGUGCCUUGUUGCCCAACAGUGAGCCCCAUGUAAUCAUCUGAGCCCCUCUCGCAGAAGCCUCCUACUUCCCAUCUCACUUCCUCGCACGCCAGCAUCCAGAAAAUGUAUCUUCCCUCUCCCUGCUGUGGUUACAGACUUGUCCUGCCAAGGUCAGUUCUCCUGCCAAGAAUCAAGACCCAGAGCAGCUAGGUCACUGGGUCACUCAGACACCAGCCCCCUCUUCCAGGAGUUCCUCAGGCUCCCCUGCCAGGGGUAGAGAGCUGGGAGUUUGUUAGGCGGCGUCCAGAUGGCAGGCUGCGUUGGCACUUCCUGCACUUGAACUGUCACAUCCUCACCCUCCCCAUGUCAGCAGCAGGGAGCCCGUGGGGGUGCUGCUGGUGCACGCCAUUAGCCUGCCCUCUCCAGAAGGUGAUGCGGGUACUCUGAGCAUCCAGAAACCCCAGCUCUGCACCAACGCUGCCCUCCCUCCCUCCUUGUCUGCCUUGUUUAGGUCUGCAGUUGUGUCCCCUCUCCGACGUACCCCUCCUUCUCCUCCCCUGUGCCCAGUUUCCUCCAUCCCCCAAAGAAGACACUCACAGUCAGAGAAUGCCACCACAUUCCAUUUAGUGUCAUUAAGCACAGCCGGGAACCCUCUGCAAUGUCAUGUCCCUCCCACCUCCCCAAGCCAAGAGAGAGCCACUGCAGCCUGGGUAGGGGGACUGGCUGGCGGUGGGCCUUCAAGCCCGUGCCCAUGUGUAUAUAAUCUGUAAUAUUUAUAUAUAUUUAUAUAGAAUUCUCUCUGCAAUAUAUGUCAUAGAAUCUCUCUUGGGCCUGGGGUGGGAAUGUUACAUUAAGAAAACAUGCUAAGACUGGCCAUAAAAAUGGAUAUUUCCCAGACCCGGAAAACAGAGUGUGGGAUAUAUAGAUGGGGGCAAGGAGAAGAUGAUAAACUCAACCUCCAAGAUUCCCUCCUUAACACAAGGAAAAGAAGGAAUGUGUGGGGGUGGUGGAGACAGUGGAAGGGGAGAAAUGAAAGAUUUGGAUUUUCAUUUAAUAAAGUCAAUUGGAAAUGAAA